CUGAAAAAAAAAAGCUGAAAAAAAUGAAACCGAAAAAAAAAGAAGCAGAGAAAAAAGCUGAAAAAAAAGAAGAGAACGAAAAAAAGGAAGAGGAUAAAAAAAAAAGAAGAAAAAAAAAAAACCGAAAAGUACAAAGAAAGCCUGGAUCUGGCAACACAGGAUAA